ACUCUCGUCUCCACCCCUACCCCUCGGACACGCCUCGUAUUCGCCCUCAGCAGGCUUCUCGCCCCGUCUCUCCGACAAAUUUGCAUCCUUGUGGGCACUUCAGUUGCCAUUUUAUUACCAUUCCCCUCUUUCCUCACUGAUUCUUCCUCGCCGAACGGCUCUUUUCUUUACACCCUGACGCCUUCUCUGUCAGAGUUUUUCCUCCAGAAACGCAAAGCGAUUUCUUUUAUUUCCUUUCUUCGUUCCGGAGGGGCGUUACCGGUGUAUGGCGAAGGACGGGAGCUCUGGAAGCUGGGUUUCGCGGGCAAAAUCCUCUCAGAAGCAGCAGAAGCAUCGUAAACGCGAGGUUUAUCACGAGGUCCUCAGCCGGCUUAAGGACUUAGGUUGCUCCGAGGCACUCUCUCCUUCCUUCGAGGAAGAACUCUGGGCGCAUUUCAAUCGUCUCCCCGUGCGUUAUGCAUUGGACGUGAAUGUAGAGAGGGCAGAAGAUGUUUUAACGCACAAGAAAUUGUUGUUACAGGCACAUGACCCAGCUAAUUGGCCAGUUUUUGAAGUUAGAAUUGUUCAGAUGCCUAGGGGUGAUUCCGCUGGCUGUAAUUCACUUACUGAAGGAGAUACUUACAUUCAUCCUCCCCCAACAUUUGGUUCAUCCACAAAUUUAGAGGGCCUUGCUCUAGCAGCCAGCGGCGACUAUAUUAAAGAUGAAGACAGUGUUUCAAACGCCAUUUUGCCAUUUACUAAGCCUAUGCAUGAGAUCACAUUUUCAACGGUAGACAAGCCAAAGCUUCUAAGCCAGGACGAUGAGCUCCAGGUUUUGGGGAUCUCUGGGCAUGUGCUAUGCCGCUGCGGACCGCCGUCUUUGUUACCACUUCACGUUGGUCACAUAGCUACGGGUGGCAGGUCUACAGGUGUCUGCGGUGGGCAGACGGGUCGGAUGACUGUACGUUCUUUAGGUGGACAGCCAGUCCGCCCGAGUCUACGGUAACCCAAAUGAAAAAUGUUGUUUGAGGUUCGACGGUGU